AUGCAAUCCGAACCUAGUACUAUAAGGCCAUCAACCACAAGACCAGCUAGUAACAAUCAACAACAAGAUAUCAAGCAGCAACAACAGGACAUGCUUAAGAUGAAAGAAGAUAUUAAAAGCACAAUAAUCAACAGCCUUAACGCGAAGUUCAAUAACCUAGAACUGAAAAAUGAGCUUUUGGAGAAAAAAAUAGAAGAGCAAUCAAUUAAAAUUAACAACCUAGAAAGACAGUGUAGACGCAGAAAUCUAAUCUUUUUUGACGUAGAAGAAAUAGAAAAGUCGUACGAUGAACUGGAAAAAAUUGUAAUAAAUAUAAUAAAUACACACAUAAAAGUUUCAUGCAACACUUACAACAUAGAAGCUGUUAGAAGGGUGGGGAAAAAGGGUGAAAAAGUUCGACCGAUAGCAAUAACAUUUAACACUUUAGGUUUCAAAUUAAAAAUACAAAAAAAAAAAUACAAUCUUCAAAAUACUUCCUAUUAUUUAAAAGAAGACUACCCAAUCGAAGUCUUAAUAAAGCGUAAAGAGCUACAAGUCCAACUACAGAAAGAAAAAGAUGCAGGAAAUACCGCCUUUAUAAAAUACGACAAAAUUAUUAUACUGAGCAACAAAAAACCCACACAGAAACAGUCAAGUAAAAGAAACCUAUCAGAGUCCCCAGAGACGCUCCACCCAGCCAAUCAAUAUGUUCAACAGACUAGCAAACAACCACCUAAGAAAAAUAAAGGGGACAUGAAGAAUUAUAUAAUACAAAAGCCCAAACUAAUUCGCGCUCAGACAGAAUCAACCCAACGCCAAUCGAAGUCAUCAGACUACAACACAGCAUAGCAAUCAAAAUCGGACCCUCCUCCAACCCAUAAUCUCCCAAUACGGCCGGUCACCGCGGGAGAGUUCGACCAAAACCCCCCAAGAACAAUUGUCAAAAUGAAAAAUGCCGCAUACAUUUGCACCCUCAACGUAAGAUCAUUGUCUUCUGUUGAGCUCGAAGCUGCACUAGAAGAUAUUAAGCAUGAUAUAAUAGGUUUGAGCGAAGUUCGCCGCCUAGGAGAACAGAUAAUCAAAGACGACGAAUAUACCUUCUACUACAUUGGCCAAAUAAAAAGACUCUAUGUACAGAACUAAGGACAGAGAAGGAUGGCAUUCCUUGGGGGAGGCUUUUACCCGAACGGGGUCCAUGCAUUGAAUAAUUAGGUAAUGGAAAAUUAAAACAAAUAAUAAUCAAA